AUGGCCGACAUCCUCAUCACCGGCGCCGCCGGCUUCAUUGGCCAGGACCUUGUAUCUGCCCUCUUGGCCGCAGACCCCUCUACACGCCUCACCCUCACAGACGUAGUCGAGCCUCCCGUUCCCGCCAGCGCAGCGUCCCACGGCGAUCGCAUAACCUCUCUCAAGGCCGACCUCACAUCUCCCGCCGCCGUAACCUCCCUUCUCUCCCGCCCCUUCACCGCAGUCUAUCUCCUCCACGGCCUCAUGUCCGGCGGCGCCGAAGCAAACCUCGACCUCGGCCUGAAAGUCAAUGUCGACUCCGUUCGCACCGUCCUCGACCACCUCCGCACCGAGUACCCCGGCACAGUCGUCAUCUUCACCAGUUCCUGCGCCGUCUACGGUCCCGCGAAUCCCGUUCGUGAAUCCGAAACGCUGCCGCAGCCUCGCAGCUCGUAUGGAGCCGAAAAGCUCAUCAUCGAGCUGCUGCUUAACGACUACUCGCGACGCGGGCUGCUGGACGGACGCAUCGUCAGACUGCCGACCGUCAUAGUGAGGCCCGGGGCCCCCUCUGCCGCGGCAUCGAGCUUUGCUUCGGGCAUCGUGCGGGAGUCGCUGAACGGGGAGAGGAACGUGUUGCCCGUUGCGCGGGAUCUGGAGCUGUGGGUGUGCAGUCCCAAGACGGUGGUCAAGAAUCUGGUCAAGGUCAAGGACGUACCGAAGGAGGCGUUUGGAGAGUCAAGGGUUGUCAAUCUUCCGGGCAUUACCGUGACGGUGAAUCAGAUUCUGGACGCACUGGAGUCGGUGGGCGGCAAGGAGGCUGCGAGUCUGGUGGAGGAGAAGAGGGACCCUGUCAUUGAGAAGAUCGUCAACACGUGGCCCUCGAGGUUCGAUGUGAGUCGAGCUUAUGGUCUGGGCUUGGAGGCUGAUGGGGAUGUGCUCGAUGCUGUCAAGGCGUUUGCUGCGACGUUGGAGGCCUAG